AUGGUCAAGCUCACGGUUCCAAUCGCCGUUGCAAUGGCUGCAGCUUCGGUUCUCGUCCAAGCCUCUUCCCACCCGGGAUCUCCAUUAAGCCCGCACUCACAGUUCCAGCGCGACGGAAGAUCAGCGAGCAACAACUUGGACCUCGGUUCUCAAGACAGCGACGCUGACUUGUCCCCGCCCCAUGACUUCAGUCGGGACUUCGAGUCUCCUCCUGGUAGUAACAGCGGUGAUAAGCUCCCUGGUGUCCACCACCACUAA